GGCAACAACGACGAAGUCGGUGCGCAGCCAAUACAGAUCCAUCGGGAACAUUGAAUAUGAACAAUGGACCUGCAGCUCAACGGCGUCCAUGUCCUCGUAACAGGUGCUAGCGGUGGCAUAGGCCUGGUGACUGGCAAUCUGGUGACGGCACCGUGCCUCUUCCUCACCUCUCCUCGCCCGGCCGCCGAAUUCGGUCCUUCCCGUGUGCAGUCGGCGCAAGCGAACCUCAGCAAGGAGGAAGACGUCUUGCGCAUGUUCGAUGCACUCAAGGGGUUCCCAUUUGGUCCAGUGCAGGUGCUGAUCGCGAACCAUGGGUCUCACCCGGCUGAAGAUGUGCCUGUUGUGGAGAUGUCUCUCGCGCAGUGGGAGUCGACCUUCGCGUCUAACACGACGGCUACCUUCCUGGUUGUCAGGGAGUACCUCAAGCAACUGGCAGGGGCGACAGCCGAGCAGAAGGAGAAGGCGUCCAUUGUCAUGAUAGGUAGCACUGCGGGCAAGUAUGGCGAGAUUGGCCAUGCCGACUACUCUGCGACCAAAAGUGGAAGGAUGUAUGGCUUUACCAUGUCGCUGAAGAAUGAGAUCGUCAAAACCGCCCCACGCGGGCGAGUGAAUUGCAUCGCUCCGGGGUGGGUCAAGACCCCCAGGGCUGAGCAUGCCCUGAACACGCCGCUCAAGAAAGUCGCUACGCCAGAGGACAUCGCGUCUCAGGUCUUCGUGGCGUCGACCGCCGUGUCCGGACAUGUCUCCGGCCAAGUCAUCAUAGUGGAAGGCGGUAUGGAGGGUAGGCUGCUGAACAAGCGCGAGGACAUCACCGCUCACUAAGCUUCGAUCUCGCGUCCAAGGAAAGGCAGGCUCGAAGUAGCUGUUU